UCUGAAUUGAGUUAUAUCUUACAAAUAUCUCACUGGGUAAUCAAAUCUAAAGUUCAAUUUUCAAAGGGGCGGCGGACAUUUUGCCCACAGUAUUGAGUCUAUUGAGACACGUGAAGUCCAUACAUAAUGACAGCAAAACCAAAAUAAUAUUAUUGGAAAAUGACAGAAUUGACCUUGUCCAUUUGAAAACGGGCAGCCUCAUAUGCCCCCCAUUAGUCCCUUGAUAUCUUUAAAUAGUGGACUACAUUUGUUCACCCAACACAAGCUCUCUAGUUGCAAAGAGAAAUUUAGCAAGCAUGAAGGUCCAAGUGUGUGGCCUAGCCUCAUCCAUGUUCAAAAUCGUGUGUGUUUUCUUAGUCCUUCAAUUCGGGCCGGGAUUAUCCCAAGGCCCAAGCUGCCCUUUCGAGUAUUUAUACCACUUUGGAGAUGGAGUCACGGAUAACGGCAACUCCAUUUAUGUUCUCCCAAAAGUUCAAAUUCCGGCUGGACGAAAGCCGUACGGCAUGACUUAUCCCGGUUAUCCUACCGGCCGUUGGUCUGACGGCCGUGUCGAUUUUGACUACACGGCUGAGGAUUUUGGGCUGCCUGAAAUUGUACCUUACUUGAACAUGAACCACUCGAGGGCGGCCGAGUAUCACGGCGUCAUAUUCUCGACGGCUCGGAGCCCAGUGUUGGACUUCAGCUUCUUCAAAAAGCGCAAUAUUGUUGUUCCACCUUAUGCAGUUCCCCUUAGCACACAAAUGCGUUGGUUUAAAAGACAUCUUAAAACCAUUUGCGACUCGCGAUCCGAAUGCUCGGAAUGGAUUGGGAGCUCUCUGGUUUUGAUGGGAGACAUUGAAGGCAAUGAUAUUACGUAUGCGUUGACUCAAGGGAAGACUAUCAAGGAAGCCAGGUCAUAUGUGCCGGCUAUUAUAAAAGCUCAAAUUGAUGCGACAAGGGAGACCAUCAAGUUAGGUGCAAGGCGAGUGAUAAUUCCUGGAAAUGGACCUCUUGGAUGCUACCCUUUCAUUUUGACCGCUCUACAAACAAAGGACCCGACUGCAUAUGACGAGCUCGGGUGUUUGAAAAGCGUAAACGAGCUUGCAGUUUGGAAAAACGACUAUCUCCUAAGGGCCAUGGACGAUCUUCGACGCGAAUUUCCAAACGUGUUGAUACUCUACGGCGGCCUUUAUGAUGGCAUCCGCACAAUUAUUGCCAAUGCAUCAGUCAUAGGCAAAAUUCUAUCUCUUUAA